UAUUCACCAUAAUAAAUACUCCCUAUUCCAUAUAUAGCCUUUUUUCACACUUCAUUACAUGAUAUGAAACCAACUACUUUGUUGAAAGUAUAUAUAUAUACAUGUAUUCUUCACCACCAUUAGCAAUAUUAUUAUUAAGAGAAACUAAAAACAGCAGAAUGGCUACCACUUUUUUGUUCGUUUUAGUUUGUUUGUUGAUUUUUUUUACAACAGAAAGUCUCCUUGUUAAUAUCAAUAUACUUCAAAGUGCCGUUGCAAAAGGAGCUGUUUGCUUGGAUGGAACUGCACCAGCGUACCACCUUGAUAGAGGAUCAGGCACAGGAGUGAAUAAUUGGGUAAUAUCAAUUGAGGGAGGUGGAUGGUGCAGAAAUGUUACUCUUUGCCUUGAGAGGACGAAUAGUAGGAGGGGAUCUAGUGCAAAAAUGGAUCAACAUUAUGAUUUCUCUGGAAUGUUGAGUAAUGAUCCCAAGUUUAAUCCAGAAUUUUACAAUUGGAAUAGAGUUUAUGUUAGAUAUUGCGAUGGUGGAUCCUUUACGGGAGAUGUUGAAGCAAUUCAUCCCGGUACUGGACUUCAUUAUAGAGGGGCAAGGAUAUUCAAAGCUAUUAUAGAGGACUUAUUGGCUCAAGGAAUGAAUACAUCAGAAAAUGCUAUACUCUCUGGAUGUUCAGCUGGAGGAUUAACAACAAUCUUACAUUGUGACAACUUCGGAGCUUUAUUACCAAAGAGUGCUAAAGUUAAAUGCUUUUCAGAUGCUGGUUAUUUUAUUGAUCAUAAGGAUAUUUCAGGGGGAGCAUAUAUUGAACAGUUCUUUAAUGAUGUUGUCACUUUACAUGGCUCUGCUAAGAAUUUGCCUCCAUCAUGUACUUCAACAAUGAAACCAGGUUUGUGCUUUUUCCCUCAAAAUGUGGCUCAACAAAUUCAAACGCCACUUUUCAUUAUAAAUGCAGCCUAUGAUCAUUGGCAGGUAAGAAACAUUUUGGUGGCUCCUGGUACUGAUCCUAAGGGUGUUUGGAAGAGCUGCAGAGCUAAUAUAAAAAAUUGCCCACCAGAUCAACUCCAAGUUCUUCAAGGUUUUAGAUUGGACUUUCUAAAAGCAUUGGAAGGGCUAGGGCCAUCUUCAACAAGAGGAUAUUACAUUAACUCUUGCUUUACACAUUGCCAAACUCUAGAUCAAGCCAACUGGUUUGGUCCCAAUUCACCUAGAUUAUUCAACAAGUCAAUAGCAGAAGCAGUAGGAGAUUGGCUUUUGGACAAAGAUCAGUUUCGGCAGAUUGAUUGCCCUUAUCCUUGUGACAAAACAUGUGUUGAUCACAUAUAAAUAUGUCUUGUUCUUUGAGAUUGAUAGAGAAGAUUGUAAUUUACAAAAUUGUUCUUCGUAAAUUUGCUGAUUCAUCUUAGGCUAAAUUGUAUUUUUUG